AUGAGUGAUUUGAAUCGAAAAAUGUCUUGGGUAGCUGCCUACUUCCCAAAAACCGAUGAACAAGGUGUAGUACCUAUGAACUGGUUAUUUGAAAAAAAAGGUAAUGGAAAUGGAUUGUACUGUCUAUGGCCUCCUGGUAAAGACAUUACUGGCAAAGUUGUAAUAAGAGCUGACCCUCCAAAUUCAUCUUGGUUAACAUUUGAAGUAAAAAUAAUUAUCAAUAGACCUUUUGAUGAUUAUAUUCAAGCUUGGCACCAUCUUAUAAUAUUAACUGAAUCUCCUUUAAUAGAUAUUCCACUGAUUACACCGAAAAAUGUUAAAAAGUACAACUUAUCAAAAUCUAGGAAUGUUAAUAUGCUGACUGAUGCAUGUUCUUCAAGUCAGUUAUUAGAGAAUAUUGAUCUGCCUAAUGAUGGGAUGACAACUGGCGAAGAGACAAUAAUGAAGAAUACACCCAAGUCAACUGACAUUCAGAAUGAUGAUUCCUCUCACUUAAAUAACUUGGACGUAAAACAUUUAUUAUAUGGAAUUUUCAAUGGUGGAGUAAAUAUCAAAUUCAUGUUAAGCGAAGUAUUGUCUAAAUUGGAAAAUUUGCAAAAACUUUUUGCUAAAAUUGAGUUACCACCAACCAAAACUCUAGAUGCACAGUUUUUAGAAAAGUUUCCUAUAAACACUUCAGAUGCAUUAAAACAUAUAGAAGAAUGUAUAAUAAGGGAUGAAUUUGACUUUGGAUAUAAACUAGAAAUUUAUAUUAAAACAAUUGGUGGCCGUUCCUUUAAACAUCAUGUAGGGCGUGCUUUGUCAAGAUUUAUCACUGAUGAAUAUGCAAGAAAGUGUACAUGGAAUCGUAAAGGAAAAGGAAAGACUACUAAAAUUCGUGAUACAUGUUUGAUUAACAUUUUAAAAAGAAUUUUGCAAGAAUGUUAUGCUCCACAAAUAAAUACAGAUUAUGAGUAUGAAAAAAUUGUAGUUGGGUGGCUUAGACGUUGUGUUAUAAGAUACAAUAAAUCAAAGCCGCAGAAGUUCAUUACAUAA